UUUUGCUUGGGAUGUUUGUUGGCACUGCUCUGGCACUGGCAGGAACUGACCCGGGGGUGGGGUUGCAACUCGGGAGUGUCUUUCCGAUGCCGGGUUGGUUGGCUCGUCAUCCCCAAUCAGCAUUGCUCGUCCUCUUUGGGUUACGUCGACUGCAUCACUUCACCCCGCUGCUUGCCGAUUUCUGUCGAUCGCCGUCCGUUCGCUUCUUCCUCUCCUCCACCCCCUUCGACUCUCAGCCAUGCUUGCCCACCGAGCCGCCCAGCGCAUCACUGGAUCGGCCCGUUUCAGGCCCGGUUCUUUCGCCAGAUUUGCGGCUGCUGCCAUCCAGCCAUGUGCGGGUCCGGGCGCUCGCCGGGGCUUUGCUACGACAUUGAUUUGUUCGCACGGAGGCCCAAGCAAGCCCGAGUUUGAUCCGAGCCGCCCGGUAUCGAAAACAGAGGUGGACUGGAUUCCAGGCACCCUUGGUUUCAUCGGACGGGACGAGCGGGGCCACGAGCUCCAGAUGUCGGUACGUGCCUCGGCUGAUAUGCCCGGCGUUGGCCCUAUGAACAUGCUGCUGAUGGCCCUUGGAGGGUGUGCCGCGAUUGACGUCAUCAGCAUCCUCAAGAAGCAGAAGCAGGUUGUGGAGCAAAUCAGGAUCCGCAUCGAUGGGCAACGCGGCACCGAAUACCCCCGGCCGUUUGAGCGGAUCCACAUGGUGUUUGUUGUCGAGGGCAAGUCCCUGCAGCAGUCCAAGGUCGAAUCGGCCAUCCAGCUGUCGGCAGAAAAGUACUGCGGUGUGCAUGGAACACUGGCUGGGGUCGCCAAGAUCACGUUCGGAGCCGAGAUCAUCGAAUCAGCGGCCUGAGCACCGACUGGCAAAAUCAAGUCCCGAAUGGGCGAACGCGAAUUGCCGGGAAGCUAUGGGAAGGCUGCAUCGGAUCCAGAUUGCUGAGAGCGGCAGAAGAGCUCGAUGCAGUUGUGGAUCGUCGCUGUGACGAGUGUGUAUUCAGGCGC